UGAACACAACAUCGUCGCGCGUUCUUAGACAGAGCAAAAAAUACAAAAAAGCCAAAAAGAAAGAGGGCAAAAAAAAAAUAGGAAAUCAAGAAGCAUUGAGGCAUUCAAGUCAUCCAAGCCAAGGCCCAUUUGGAUUGCCCAAGCCACAAUCGAGACGAGUCAAGGAAAACGGACUCAAUCAACUACGGGAAUCUCAACUAAAAUGUCCUAGUAAUAAGCUACGUAAGGGCAGACGAUAGACUGGAGACGAGACGAGACGCGAUAGCCAGAGACAUCUGAGCCAAGAUGGCUUCUGGCGAUGGUGAUACCAUCAAUACCAUUGACAUGGACAGCUCCUCCACAUCGCAGGCUAAAAUUGCUGAUGCCACCACCGACCAUGUGGGCAACUCAUCACCCGACUUGGGCACUCGUCCAUUACGCUCGGCUAACAAGGCGGACAAAGAGCGUAAAAUUGGACAUCGACGUGUGGGCGAGGGCGGUGAGAUUACCUAUAAGAAAAUCCAGACAUCACAGAUUAUGGGAUCCAUACAGCUAGGCAUACAACAUACUGUCGGCAGCCUGGCAUCGAAACCCAAGCGUGAUCUACUUAUGAUGGACUUCUGGGAAAUUGAGAGCAUUACAUUUCCUCCAGAGGGUUCUAGCCUUACACCUGCCCACCAUUAUAGUGAAUUCCGUUAUAAGAUCUAUGCCCCCAUAGCUUUUCGUUAUUUUCGUGAUCUAUUUGGCAUACAGCCAGAUGACUUUAUGAUGUCUAUGUGCACUUCGCCUUUGCGUGAAUUAUCGAAUCCAGGUGCUUCCGGCUCAAUAUUCUAUUUAACGGAUGACGAUGAGUUCAUUAUCAAAACAGUGCAACACAAAGAGGGUGAAUUUUUACAAAAACUACUGCCUGGCUACUAUAUGAAUCUGAAUCAAAAUCCGCGCACUUUAUUACCGAAAUUCUUCGGCCUGUACUGCCUGCAAACAAGCAAUGCCAAAAAUAUUCGACUGGUGGUCAUGAAUAAUCUGUUACCCUCAUCGGUUCGGAUGCAUUUGAAAUAUGAUCUGAAGGGUUCAACAUUUAAACGAAAAGCAUCGAAAGCGGAACGUGCCAAGAAAUCGCCGACAUAUAAGGAUCUUGAUUUUAUGGAACAACAUCCGAAUGGUAUAUUUCUGGAAGCGGAAACCUAUUCGGCUUUAAUCAAGACCAUUCAAAGGGAUUGUACGGUAUUGGAAUCAUUUAAAAUUAUGGACUAUUCAUUGCUCUUGGGUGUCCAUAAUUUGGAUAUUGCUUUAAAAGAGAAACAAAGUGAACAAAAGAAACCUGUAAGAGCACCACUGGCCGAUGAUUCAGAUGUGGAUGGUGAUGAGCCAUUGGAUGGCCUAGAUACAGCUACGGGUAUUAGUCGAAAUAAUGUGGCAUAUAGAUCGGUUAAUCGUCAGCGUCUGGUGGCCCAUUCCACAGCCAUGGAGAGUAUACAGGCGGAGAGUGAACCCAUAGAUGAUGAAGAGGAUGUUCCACCCGGUGGCAUUCCUGCACGCAGUGAAAAAGGUGAACGACUCCUGCUCUAUAUUGGCAUCAUCGAUAUUUUGCAAUCCUAUAGGCUGAAGAAGAAAUUGGAGCAUACCUUUAAAAGCAUUAUACACGAUGGGGAAACCGUUUCGGUAUGUCGUCCUUCGUUCUAUGCUCAAAGAUUUCAAAAUUUCAUGGCCAAGACCGUGUUCCGCAAGAUACCAUCCCUGGAUCUCCCAGAGAUCAAGGGGAAUCACAGAAAAUUUCGUACCUUGGUAACCAGUUACAUAGCAUGCCUCUCAAUCUCACCGCUAAAGCAUUCACCCUCAAAGAGAAAAAGUCUCUCGAAGGCCAUACAAAGGUCCAUAGACAGUGAAAACGAAGCGGAGACGACGAAGACGACGUCACGACCGGUGCAUGCCUCACAUUCCCAUAGCAGCGGGAAGAUCCAUCAGCAUCAGCAUCAGUCCGCCAAAACAGCUGCCACAGAGCCCGCACCAACAUCUUCGUCAGGAAUGGCUGCAAGCGCCGCCGAUCGUGCACCGCCACCGGUGAGCAAACGAACGCCAUCAGCGGCAGCGGCCAGUAGUAAUCUCAAGGCCAGGGUUCCGCCUCCGGUGCCACCACGAGGUUCCCCACGCCGCAAGGAUGCCCAGGAUCGUUCGACACCAGGCACAACACCAUCCUGCAGUUCUACUCCACCCCCUGCCUUUGACGACAUCUCCGAGGAUAGUUCGAACAAGAAUAGCACCUCAUCGAUAGGACGUAGAACGCAGCCGUAUUAUCAACAACAGCCGCAAUAUUUGGAACGUAAAAUGAAUAUAGGUCCAGCCUAUAGAGGAUCCUAUAAGGAGGAUAUUGUGAGUGUCUCCGAAGUUCAUCUGGAUACUUUACUGGCGGUGGAUACAUCGUCGAGCAGCCAUUAUGGUUCACGCGGUGGCCUUGCCUGGACGCCACCGGCAUCAGGUGAGGGCUCAACACCAACAUGGACAGAGGGCACGCCCAGUUUUACGGACUCCAGUUCAAGUGGUGAUCUCGACAACUUCUCGCCCAUCAAUUCAUCUAAAAUCGAUCGUCACAAGCCGACGGUGGAAGAUGCCCUCAACUCUCUGUCCUCGGGAAUGAUCAACUAACAUAGCAUGUGAUGAUGGCACACUAAAACCCACUCACGUAUACAUUGGUGCGAACAAAUUUCGAAUAAAAUGUAUUUUCUAAAUGACAAUGCUUACGUGUUCAGGUACCCCGAAUACUUGUAUAGCUAGGAUAUAAUCAAACAAACCACAAAAAGAAUAACGCGCCCUCAAUACAACAGAUUUACAAAUGAUUGAUCAAAUGCUAAUGAUUGAUAUUAUACAUACAUAUACAUAUAUAUAUAUAUACACACAUAUAC